CUUCACAUGCAAUUAUAUAAUAAGCCAUCAGAAUCCUAACAUGAGAUUCAACCUUUUAUUCAAAUCCAUAGAAAGCAAGUCUAAACAAAUAGUUUAAUUCAACCAGGUAGCGAGAGUUACUUCAUAAGUCGAAGUACUUCUACAUGUUUGCUAUGGGAAGUAAUGUUCAAGAAAAGGAGCUGGAUAUAAUCAUCAUCCAAGAAGAAACUGAAGAAAUGCAAAACUUGGAGAAAAUUAUUGUUGAACCUGAGUCAUUGACUUUGACUGCUGGUAAAUACAAGAGGUGGCUCGAAGUAGGGAUCCACGCCUUCAUUGUCCUGGCUAGUCUGUCAGUAGCUACAAUACUUGGAAAGUUGUAUUACGACAAAGGCGGAAGAAGUACGUGGUUAGCUUCACUUACUCAAACUAUAGGUUUUCCCAUUCUUCUAAUUCCAAUGAUCAUUUCGAAUAAUAAUAAAAUCAAAACCCCAAAAUUAGAAGGAAUAGUAAGUCACAACGACGUUGACGCAAAAUCUCCUUCUAAAAUGGUGUUGUUAUCAAUCUAUGCCUUUCUUGGUUUUCUGCUGGGAGUAGGCUGUGUUUUGUAUUCAAAAGGCCUUUUACAUCUCCCAACCUCAACUUUUUCUCUAAUUUCCGCAAGUCAAUUAGGGUUCAAUGUUUUGUUCUCGCUCUUCAUGAGACUACAAAAAAUUACAUUUUUUGUGUCCAAUUCUAUUUUUCUCUUAACCAUUUCCUCUGUUCUCUUGGCGUUACAACCUGAUCAUGACUCUUCAAGCAAAACGGAAUCGUCUUCUCAACUGAAGCAUCAUUAUGUGCUAGGGUUUGUAUUCACACUAAUUGCUUCAGCUGGUUUUGGUUUACUAUUAGCCACAACAGAGCUCAUGUUUAGAAAAUUCCUAAAAAAGAAUAGUUUGAAAGAAAACAUGGAUGUCAUUAUUUGUCAAUCAUUUUUCGCGACGUGUCUCAUCCUUAUUGGACUAUUCGCAAGUGGAGAGUGGAGGAAGUUGAAAGCAGAGAUGCAAGAUUUCGAGCUUGGAGAAGUAUCAUAUGUCAUGAUAUUAUUUUGGAUAAUUUUGUGUUGGCAACUUUACUCCUAUAGUCUUCUUGGUCUGAUAAUGAAGGUAUCUGCUGUAUUUGCCAAUGUGAUUACCAGUUUGGGUGCGCCUCUAAUUCAGAUCCUAUCUGUUAUUAUUUUCCAUGACAAGAUGAGUGGGGUGAAAGCAAUUUCUAUUGUUUUGGCUAUUUGGGGAUUUUCUUCUUAUGCCUAUCAGCAGUACCUUGAUGAGCAAAAGCACAAAGCUGAACUUUCAAUUUGCAACGGAGCAUCUGAAGAAUUCGUUGGUGAAGGUGAUUUCACGUGCAAAGAAAAUUCUACAGUUAUUAAUUAGCUAGGCUGUUUUCUUUUAAAUUAAAAUCUAUUACCUAAUAUUUUUAUGAAAAGGAUUGCUGUUGAUUGUUACUGUUAUUUUCUUUUAUCAAUAUGUAAUAUAUUAUAAUUGUUCCAUUA